AUGCGCCGAAAUCCUUUUAGUUUAAUUUUACCAACAAAACGAACAAAUUCUUUUUCAUCAUUAAAUUCUAAUCGUUCAUAUCAUUUUAUACGAAGUGCUGAAGAUCAUUUAAUGAAUGAAAGUUUUUAUGAUGAUUCUAUUUCAUUAAAACGACGUAAAUCAAGUAUUCAUUGUGCUCAUUAUAUUGUUAUUGAAUAUUCUCAUCCAACAAAUUCUACACGUUCAAAUCAACAAUUUAUUCAUGCUGGAAAUUGUUUAGAAUCAUCAAAUAAAAAAGCUUAUUCGUUAUCAAUAGGUGAAACAUUAAUUCAUUUAUCAGCGCGUCUUGGUCAUGAAUAUAUUUUACGUCGAUUAAUUGAAGAAACACCAUAUGGAACACGUUUAACAAAUGGAAAAGGUCAAACACCAUUAUUAUGUGCAAUUCAAUGUUCACAUUAUUCAACAGCAAUGUUUUUAAUGGAUAUUGAUCCAAGUACAAUAACUGUUUGUGAUCAUAAUCUCAAUUCUGUAUUUCAUUAUGCAACUUAUUUAUGUAAUCAUAUUGUUUUAUCACGUGCAAUGAUUUUAAUUAAACGAUUAAAUAGUCCACAUUUAAAAACACAAGUUUUAUUAAGAUUAAUUGAAAAAAAUAAAGUUGGCAAAAAUCCAUUUUUAAUCUCAGUUGAAAAAGGAAAUAUUCGAUGUAAUCGGUUAUUUUUUUCCAAUGAAAAUUUGUUAAAAAAGAAUUCGUUGGAUAUUUCCAUAUUUUUAAAUAAUGAAUCAGUAUGUUGUGCAAUUGAUAAUGAUCGAAUUGAUUUAAUGGCUUUUUGGUUAAGUGAUAUGAAACGUUUGGAAAUUUUAUUAGAAAUUUUAAUUCAUAAUUCAUUUAAUUUAUUUGAAUAUUCAAUUGAAAAUGAGAAAAUUUCUUUUAUUCGUUUAUUUCUUUCUCAAGAAUUUUCUUUUGAAAAACAUUUUUUAAAAGAAAAAUAUAAAAAAUUUUUAAAUAAUUUUAAUUUAAUUGAUCGUUUAACUCCACUUCAACGUCUUUUAAAAAAAGAAAAUCUUUAUGAUUUAAUUCCUUCAUUACUUGAUCAUUUUGUCAUUGAAAAUAAUGGUGCUGAUUUAUCAAUCAUUGAUGAUUGUUUAUUUCUUUGUCCAUUUUCAAAUCAAUGUUUAUUUGGACAUGAAAAAUCUUCUUGGUCAAAACAAAGUUGGUACAAUGAACAUCCAUUAAAUCAAAUCAAUCAAAUCUUAAUCAAAUCUAUUUAUGAUCAUCCAAUCAUUCGUCUUUGUAUUGAUUUGAAAUAUUCGUUAUUUGGAAAUAUUCUUUAUUUAAUAAUUACAUUUGGUCAAAUCUUUUAUGUUAUGUUAUACACAUUCAUUUUAUUAUUCUCACCAACAAGAUCAAUUGAUCAAUUCAAUUAUUAUACUUUAAUUAAUGAUACUUGUCAACAAUUUUGUUUUAAAUUAAUUAAUCAUCCAAAUUAUUUUCAAGAAAAUUAUAAUCAAUUUUAUCUUCGAUUAUUUCGAUAUAUUCUGGUUUUUAUAUCAAUUUUAACUUUAUUUAAAGAAGCUUUUCAAUUAAUCAAAGAGAAAAAUAAAUAUUUUAAAAAGAUAUUUUUGAAUUUUCUGGAAAUUCAUAUGUAUAUAAGUGCAAUUAUUUAUGGAAUUGAUUUUAAUGAAUGUACACAUCAAACAGGAAUUCGUUGUCAUUUUCAAUGGGAAAUUGGUUCAAUUGGUUUAUUAUCUGUUUGGUUUUCUUUAUUAUUUGUAUUUAUGAAAGGAAUGCAAUGUGGAAAACAUGGUCUUCUGUUUUUAACUGUUUUAUUUACAUUUAUUAAAUUUAUUAUUUAUUAUUCAUUUAUUUGGAUCGGAUUUUAUCUCGUUUUUUAUCUUUUAAUGAAAGAUCUUUCACCACAAUUUCAUUCAUUUUAUUUAAUUCCGAAACUUUUAGUCAUGUUCAUUGGUGAAUUUGAUUUUGAUGAAACAUUUUUUCCAAAUCAAAUUCCAAUAAAAGGUGCUGAAGGAGCUCUUUUUAUUUAUUCAAUAUUUAUCUUAACAAUGUUUAUUGUUAUGUCGAAUAUUAUGGCUGGUCUCGCUGUGGCUGAUGUCAAAGAAUUUCGUUUAAAUGCGAAACGUGAACAUCUUCGUUCACGAAUUGAAACAAUUUUACAAGUUCAAAGCAAUUUUGGAUUUCUAUGUGAAAUCUGUUCGAAAAUGACUUUGAAAUAUUUGAAUAAUAAAUAUUUGAAUAAAUAUUUAUUUAAAUCGGAUUUAUCUCGUUUGGAAUUUGCCGAGAAAUCUUAUGAACAUUUUGGAAUUACAAUUCAUACAGGUUUAAUUCAAGCAAAUCAUUUGAAAAAUCGAGAGAAAUUCUUGAAGAAAUCUUUUCUCGAUGAAAAGAAUCUUUUUAUGAAAAAUCAAAAUCAAUUUAAAGAAUAUUUUGAAGAAUCAAUUUUAAAAAUUCACAAUCAAUUAAAAACAAUUCAUUUACAAUUAAAAACAGAUAUUCAAGAUCUUAAAACACAUGUUGAUCAAAUUCUUUCCAAUCAUUGA